AUGAAUCGCUAUCCUGGAACCGGCACUUUAAUAUUGCCGACAAACUGCAAAAUCAGCAUUCCUAUAUUGUUACUAUCUGAUGUUGUUGGUGUUGUGAAGCAGUUAGUUGUGGAUUCGAUUGUCGAGCCUCCAGAAGAUCCUCUGCCUCCACUACUACUAUUGCCACCUCCGCCUCCCUUAGAUAGUACAGAGCUUGGAAGUAUUAUGG